UGCCUGGUUCGGGGGAGUCUACCACCCCUGGUAUAAAAGCGUUCGGCUUAGCCCCCUCACGGAGUCGUGCCUCUCUGCAAACACACCCCAGAAUUUAAACAAACAUCAACAAGCAUUUGAGGAGCGAACCCAGUCUCUUCUCCAUCUCUCCUUUCGAUUGAUAGUAAUGCAGCCGUCAAGAAUGGAAUCCCAACCAGAAUCGACGGCGGCACCAGCGGAAGCGCCACCUGCGGAGGAGACUGGAGCGGCCGCGGAGGAGGAGGACCCGCCGCAGGAGGCUGGGGGUGAUGACGAUGACGAAGGAGACGAGUCCAACGACGCGCUGAUCUCAAAGGCUCAAGCAUUAAUGGACAAGAUCACUGCCAACGCCGAGAACCCUAACCCCAAUACACUGCACGCUCUCUCCUCCAUUCUUGAAUUCGAAGAGUCCAGUUACAUGAAAGAUGUAAGCUGUCCUUCCCCAAAUGGCCGCUCUUCACAUAACAUUGGACGGCUGGGUAACCUCAUUCGGGAGAAUGAUGAAUUCUUUGAACUUAUUUCAUCAAAAUUUUUAUCUGAAAGAAGAUACUCGAUGUCUGUACAAGCUGCUGCAACUAGGCUCCUCUUUAGCUGUUCACUCACUUUUGUGUAUCCUCAUGUUUUUGAAGAAACUGUUUUGGAUAAUCUAAAAAGCUGGGCGAUGGAGGAGACAUGUAAAUACGGGGAUGAUCUUUAUUGGAGGAAUGAGUCAGGAGAACAAUCUUCAGACUCUGAAAUGCUCAAAACAUUCUCCACUGGGCUUAUUGCUGUUUGCCUGACCAGUGGUAGUCAAGUAGUUGAAGAUGUGCUAACCCCCGGAUUGCCAGCCAAGCUUAUGCGAUAUCUCCGCAUUAGGAUCUUGGGAGAGACAAACGUAGCACAACGAGAUUCUACAUCAAUAGUUGAGAGCAAAGCUGCUACUACUAGUAUUAGAACUAGAGAGGAGGGCAAGGGUCGGUUGCGUCAAGUGCCUGAAAGUUCUUAUUUGGACACCCCUGUACUUUCUAAGGAUGGCCUCGUUGAUGAACAAAUGGCGGAGAGGGAUCGUGAUCGUGAUAGAAUAUUCAGCAGGCAUGCAGAUGGAGAUGAACAUUGGAUUGAUGAGGAACCAUCUGAUAUGAUGCCUGUAGAUAUCAAUAUCGAUGUUGUUGAGACUGAGAGUGAAGAUAAAUCACACAUAAGGGAUCUACAUGAUGGCAAGUCAAAGCAAAGUGUUAGAUCUGUAAGGGAAGAAGAUGUUGAUGAUAGCUCUAGAGAUGACUCAGCAAGGCAUAAGACAAGUCGUGGUUGUGCAAGGUCUCGAGUGCGACCUAGGGCUACUGAAGCUGCCAUGGAGAAUGAACUAGCUUUGACUCCUGCUAGCUCUGGAAAUAGAAUGGGAGGUCAUGCUCGUAGCAGGAAUUUAGCAAGGAAUUAUGAUGGGAGAAAAAUCAUGGAAAGCAAGCAGAAUAUUGAGAGGAAUUCUGCUGAUGUUCAUGGAAUGGAAAGGGACGAUAACGAUGAUUGCUUUCAAGACUGUAAAUUUGGUUCUAAGGACAUCACUGGUCUGGUAAAGAAAGCAGUUGCCGCUGCUGAAGCUGAAGCUAAAGCUGCCAAUGCUCCUAUAGAAGCCAUCAGAGCAGCAGGUGAUGCUGCUGCAGAAGUGGUUAAAAGUGCUGCUUUGGAGGAAUUCAAAAAGGCAAAUGAUGAAGAGGCUGCAAUUGUGGCUGCUUCUAGAGCUGCAUCUACAGUAGUUGAUGCUGCAAUUGCAGUUAAGGCAGCAAGAAAUGUGACUAGUGCUAAUGACUCACAAGAGCCUAAGCCUACAGAAAAGAUCAGUGAGGAAGUUGAUGAUUUUUUCAUUCUCGAUAGCUUUUCUCUUGCAAAGCUGAGAGAGAAAUUCUGCAUCCAGUGUCUUGCGAUUCUAGGUGAAUAUGUUGAAGUCCUUGGGCCAGUGUUGCAUGAAAAAGGAGUAGACGUGUGUCUUGCACUAUUGCAGCAAAAUUUCAAUGAUAAAGAUGAAUAUGAAGUUUCGCAACUUUUGCCUGAUGUUCUAAAGCUGAUCUGGUCUUUGGCUGCUCAUCGUAAAUUUGCUGCAGUGUUUGUUGAUCGCGGUGGAAUGCAAAAAUUGCUUACAGUCCCAAGAGUUUCUCAGACAUAUCUUGGUCUUUCAUCUUGUUUAUUUACUAUAGGUUCAAUUCAGGGGAUAAUGGAACGUGUCUGUGCACUCCCUUUAAACAUUGUCCUUCAACUUGUUGAGUUAGCUCUUCAGCUUCUUGAGUGCUCCAAUGAUCAAUCAAAAAAGAAUGCAGCAUUGUUUUUUGCUGCUACUUUUGUCUUCAGAGCAAUUCUUGAUGCUUUUGAUGCUCAUGAUGGUUUACGAAAGAUGCUCAAUCUUUUGCAAGAUGCUGCCUCAGUAAGGUCUGGUACAUCUGGGACAAUCACUCUUCAGCUUCUUGAGUGCUCCAAUGAUCAAUCAAAAAAGAAUGCAGCAUUGUUUUUUGCUGCUACUUUUGUCUUCAGAGCAAUUCUUGAUGCUUUUGAUGCUCAUGAUGGUUUACGAAAGAUGCUCAAUCUUUUGCAAGAUGCUGCCUCAGUAAGGUCUGGUACAUCUGGGACAAUCAGUGCUUCGGGAUCAUUACGCACUGAGCGUUCGCCUCCAGAGGUACUGACUUCCUCAGAAAAGCAGAUAGCUUAUCAUACAUCUGUGGCAUUGCGGCAAUACUUCAGAGCACAUCUUCUCUUGAUUGUGGAUUCAAUCCGCCCCAGUAAAAAUGUCCGCAGUGCAGCUCGAAAUAUUCCAAGUGUUAGAUCUGCCUAUAAGCCACUUGACAUAAGCAAUGAGGCUAUGGAUGCUAUAUUUCGUCAAGUACAGAAAGAUCGGAAACUUGGUUCUGCACUUGUGAAGGCUCGUUGGAAUGUGGUGGAUAAGUUUUUGAGCUCAAACGGGCAUAUUACUAUGUUGGAAUUUUGUCAGGCAGCUCCACCUGUUGAGCGCUACUUGCGCGAUUUGCUUCAAUAUGCUCUCGGUGUGCUUCACAUUGUUACUCUAGUGCCGAACAGCCGUAAACUUAUUGUAAGUGCUACACUAAGCAAUGGCCGUCUUGGUGUGGCAGUCAUUUUGGAUGCUGCGAAUGGUGCUGGUUAUGGUGAACCAGAGAUUAUUGAAGCAGCACUGAAUGUGUUAAUCAAUCUUGUGUGUCCUCCUCCCUCAAUCAGCAAUAAACCAUCUGUUUCUUCCCAAGGCCAGCAGAAUGCUCCCAUCCUUCAUUCGAAUGGUUCUAAUAUGGAGAGUCGUGACAGAACUGCAGAGCAAGUUCAGUCUUCAAAUACUUCAGGGUUGGUUGGGAUUUCAACAGUUGGCACAACUACCAGCAGUGCAACACAAGGCCCUCAUUCUGCAGUACCUUCAGGGUUAGUUGGGGACCGUAGAAUUUCACUUGGUGCUGGGGCUGGUUGUGCUGGCCUUGCUGCACAACUAGAACAAUGUUACUAUCAAGCAAGAGAGGCUGUUCGUGCCAACAAUGGCAUUAAGGUUCUCCUUCAGCUCCUCCAACCACGAAUGGUUACACCUCCGGCUUCCCUUGACUGUUUGCGUGCUCUCGCAUGUCGAGUCCUCCUCGGAUUGGCCAGAGACGACACAAUUGCACACAUAUUAACAAAGCUGCAGGUAGGGAAGAAACUAUCAGAGCUCAUACGAGACUUUGGUAAUCAGAAUUCUGGAACGGAGCAGAGUAAGUGGCAAGCUGAGCUUGGACAGGUGGCUAUUGAGCUCAUAGGGGUUGUAACUAGUUGUGGACGUGCCAGUACCCUAGCUGCUUCGGAUGCUGCGACCCCAACAUUGAGGCGCAUAGAGAGAGCUGCCAUAGCUGCUGCUACCCCAAUUUCAUACCACGCUAGGGAGCUUUUACUUCUUGUCCAUGAACAUUUGCAAGCAUCUGGGUUGACAGAAACAGCAUCCACUCUUCUAAAGGAGGCUCAGUUAACACCUUUGCCAUCUUUAUCAGCACCAUCCUCUCUCACAUAUCAAGUCUCUGGUCAGGAAAUUUCCUCUGCACAACAAACUCAAUGGCCUUCUGGGCGUGCACCUGGUGGGUUCAUGUUAUUUGAUAAUAAUAAUAAGCCAAAAGCGGCUGCUGGUGCAUUGCAGGAUGAGGAUGUUGGAAUGAAAUGUGAUGCAUCAGUGUCUUACAAAAAGAAACCUUUGGUGUUCUCAUCUGGAGGGCGUAGUAGUCUGCAUUCAAAAUAUAAUAAUCCUUCUGAGAUCUCACCAGUUUUCAAAAGCAACAUUGCUAGGAAACCUUAUACUACACCUAUUGCGUCACCCUCCUUGGAAGGUCAAAUGGCAUCUGUAGCUGGUGAUACAGACAUCCAGUCUAAUAAGACACCAACAAUUGUAUUGCCUGUUAAACGCAGAUCAACAGACAUUAGGGAUAGUGGGGCACCACCUGCAAAACGCCUUAACACUGGUGACACUCCAUUUAAAUCUCCAACAACCUUUGGAACUCCGAAUUCUGCCCGUAGAAGUGGUAUUCCUCCGGAUGCUAAUCUGUUUGUCACACCACCUCCACCACAGCCAAGUUUUUCAUGUAUCAAGGAGCAGCAGCAUGGCCGGUCUAUUGGAAGUGUGUUACCAUCUGGCGAGGGGGAUAAUAACCUUUCAAAUGACUUGCAAGCCUCAUCAUCAAACACAGAGCGUUUGACAUUAGAUUCUUUGGUGGUUCAGUAUCUGAAGCACCAACAUCGCCAAUGCCCAGCUCCAAUCACAACCCUACCUCCAUUGUCCCUUUUGCAACCACAUGUCUGUCCAGAACCCAGACACAGUUUUGACGCUCCAACUAAUGUGACAUCUAGGCUCACUUCACGGGAAUUUAGGAGUGCGUGUAGUGGGAUCCACGGAAGGCGCAAGGAUCGUCAAUUCAUCUACAGCAGAUUCCGACCGUGGCGAACUUGCCGGGAUGAUGGCGGUGUCCCUCUGACUUGCAUGACUUUUCUUGGAGACUCUUCACAAAUUGCUGUUGGCAGCCACUUGGGAGAGCUUAAAAUUAUUGACUCUAAUAGCAACAGCGUCCUGGAGAGUGUUGCAAGCCAUAAUAAUCCAGUGACCCUACUCCAGUCGUAUAUUUCAGGAGAGACUACUCAACUUAUGCUAUCUUCAAGUUGUCAAGAUGUCCAGUUGUGGAACGUGUCCACUUUUUCAGCAGGACCUCAGCAUUCAUUUGACGGAUGCAAAGCUGCGCGGUUUAGCAAUAGUGGAACAUCAUUUGCGGCGUUGUCGGCAGAUUCACAUCAGCGUGAGAUCCUGUUGUAUGACGUGCAAACAUGCCAGCUGGAAUUGAAGCUCUCGGACAGUGUAUCUAACGUCACCUCAGGACGGGGACACAUGUAUUCCCUUGUACAUUUUGACCCCUCGAACGAUAAACUGCUCUGGAAUGGUGUUUUAUGGGAUCGUCGUGAGUCACGCCCCAUACAUCGGUUUGAUGAGUUUACAGACUUUGGAGGUGGGGGGUUCCAUCCUUCCAGGAAUGAGGUGAUCAUAAACUCGGAGAUUUGGGACCUUCGGAAGUACAGACUGUUGAAGAGUGUUCCGUCAUUGGGUCAAACGGUAAUAACGUUUAACGGUAGUGGUGACGUAAUAUAUGCAAUACUGAGGAGGAACCUUGAGGACGUGACAUCAGCGGUCAACAGUCGGCGGGCAAAACACCCGCUCUUUUCAGCAUUCCGUACAGUGGAUGCUGUUAACUAUGCCGACAUUGCCACCGUUCCAGUGGACCGCUGUGUCCUCGACCUGGCAACGGAACGGACUGAUUCUUUUCUUGGGUUGGUGACUAUGGAUGACCAUGAAGAGAUGUUUUCUUCUGCCAGGGUAUAUGAAGUCGGUCGUCGGAGGGUCACGGAGGAUGAUUCGGAUCCCGAUGACGCCGACAGUGAGGAGGAGGAUGAUGAAGAUGAUGACGACGACGAUGAUGAUGAGGAAGGAAUCAUUGAACUUGAUGUGGAUGGUGAAAGUGAGGAUGGUGAUGAUGGUAGUCUGGGUGGACUUGAUGAUGAUGAGGAGGAGGAGGAGGACGACGACGAUGACAAUGAUGAGGGGUUCCAUAGAGGCGACGACGACGAUGAUGAUCUGGACUUUGAGGGUGGGCAAGGAAUGUUAGGAGUUGUGUCGGAAGGUUACGAAGACGAGGAUGACGAUAGUGAACUGGAGUUUUUUGGUAGUGAAGAUGAAGGCAAUGAUUUGUAGUUGUAAGGAGUGAAAUGAUAUUUGCACGCACGGCAUUGGCAUGGCAUGCCUAAAUUAUGCUGCUGAGCACCAACUUGGCAGAUCUUACCAUUUUGUUUUGUUUUUGUUUAUGGCUUCUUAGAGAGGGAGGGAGAGAGAGAGAGAACCACAAAAUGGUCUUAUAGAUGUUUGUAA